AUGCUCAAUUGUGUUGGCACAAGUGUCACGCCGAUCCUUAUCGCCACGGUGGCCUACCUGCUGGAGGCCGGGUGCGACCCCGCCCGGCGCGACGACCGCGAGCGGACCCCGCUGCACCACGCCGCCAGGCUGCAGGAUCGACGCUGGCUGCGCGAGGGCGCUGCUGGAGCGAGGCUGCGACAUCAACGCGGAGGACCGGGACGGCCGGACGCCCCUGGCGGUGGCGGCGGAGAAGGGCUGCCCCGGUACCUUGUCGCUGCUACUGGAGACGGGGGGGGGGGCGCCCGCGUGGGCGACGCCCUGUCCCGGGCAGCGGUCGCGUGCAUCGCGCCGCUCAUCGCCGCCAGGUGCGACCCCAACGCCCCGGGCGCCAGCGGCCGGCUGCCGCUGCUGGUCGCCGCCGAGGACCGGGGCUCCGAGGAGCGCGUGGCCGCGCUGCUGCGUGCGCGCGCCGACGUGGGCCGGCGCGAGGACCUCAGAGACGCGAACGGUCGCACCGCGCUGCACGUCGCCGUGAAGGGCAGGCACUUGCCGGUGUGCCGCGCCCUGUUCUGUGAGUUCGGCGCCGACCUGCACGCCGAGGACGCGGGCGGCAAGACGCCGCUGCAGUUCGCGAGGGCCCUCCGCUGGAGCGGCGCCAAGGAGCUCGAGGGCCUCGAGAAGUCGCGCCAGGAGCAGCAGGCGAGGCUGAGGGCGCAGCAGCGCGAGCAGCUCGCGCUGGCUGUGCGGCACGGCCCCCUGGAGCAGGUGCGGGACCUGCUCCAGGCGGCCGGCGCUGGGCUCCGCGAGCCGCUGGGGGCGGACGUGAUGGCGGAGCCGAGGAGGCUCAACGCGCGGCUGCCGCUGCACGCGGCGGCGGCGCGGGCCGUGCCGGCGGAGAGCAGGGCGGCGCGCUCGAGGCGUGCCGGCUGCUCGUCGGGGAGGGCGGCCUCGACCCGGGCGAGCGCAACGCCGCGGGGCAGACGGCCCUCUUCGAGGCCGCCGCGGCGGGCCAUGCCGAGGUCUGCGAGUAUCUCGCCGCCCUGCCAGGCGGCGGCGGCGUCGACGCCGCCGACCUGGACGGCCACACGGCCCUCUUCAAUGCCGCCCGCUGCGGUCGCGCCAGCGCGCUCGGCAGGCUGCUGGAGUGCAGGGCGGACGUCUCCCUGGCGGACAAGCAGCAGCAGACGGCCCUCUUCCCCGCCGCCCGCGCCCCAGCGGGCGCCGUGGACUGCAUCGCGCUGCUGCUGGCGGCGCGGUCCAGGCCUGGCGCGGUGGACAGCCUGGGCCGCACCCCGCUGUCGUACGCCGCGCAGUUCGGCCUGGACGAGGCCGUCCGUGCGCUGGCCUCCGCGCGCGCCAGCGUGA